AUGAGUGAUACAAGUAAUGAUCUAAACCUAAUUUCAAUUGAUUUGGUUGUUAAUAAUAAGGAUUCAAGGUACUUAGAAAGUUUUAAACCAUCAAAUAAUGAUUUCUCUUUAUUUUUUGAAAUAAUACCAGAGGAAGAAACAAGAUCAACUCUAAUUCAAAUUGAUAAUUUUGGUAAUAGAAUUGAUUUAAUACCAAAAAAGUUUAAUAUAAUAAGUUCAAUAAUUGAAUAUGGUGGUAAUUCAAUUACAAUAAUUAAUGAACCAAAAUCAAAUAAGGAUGAGGAAUUUUUAAUUUUAUUCUCAGAAUGUGAAACUCAAGAAUUAUAUUUAUUCCAUCCAUAUAAAGUGAAUGAUGAACCAAAGAAAUUAAUUUUUAAAAACAAAAACACCACAAAUUCCACUAAUAGUAAUAAAUUAAGAUUUUCAAGUGGUUCCGUUAAUAAAGAAAAUGAAAAGGUUAUUAUGGUUUGUGAAGAUCAUACAAAUGAAAAAGAAGUUUUACAUUAUUUAGUUGAAAUUAAUUUAAAAACCAAUGAAAUUGAAAUCAUUGAAAAAGGUCAUGACUUUUAUGCUUAUCCAACACUUUAUAAUGGUAAAGAUAAAUCAUCAUCAUCAUCAUCAUCAUCAUCAUCAUCAUCAUCAUCAUCAUCAUCAUUAUUAGCUUAUAUUUAUUGGAAUUUUCCAAAUAUGCCAUGGGAUAAUUCAAAUGUUUGUAUAAAAGAUUUAAAAACCAAUGAAAUUAUAAAUAUAAGUAAUGGUUAUGAAGAAUCAGUAUUGAAUCCAAUUUGGAAUGAAUUUGAUGAUUGUUUAUACUUUAUUUCAGAUUUAAAUGGUUAUUGGACCAUUCAUAAAUAUGAUUUAAAAUCAAAGAAAAGAAGUCAAGUAAUCUCAUCGGAAUUAAUUGAUUUUAAAGAAAUUGGUGAACCAAUGUGGUAUUUUGGUAGAAGUUAUUAUGGUUUCAUUACACCAAGCAAAUUAAUUGCAGCUUUAGCAGAUUAUGGUUUGGUAAUUUUCAAUAUUGAAACUAAUCAAGUUGAACAAAUCAUUAGAAAUCAAUUCUCUCAUGUUAAAUCAAUAGUUGCGUCACCAUCACUAUCAACUGCAUUAUUUAUUGGUGGUUCAUCAACUGUAAUGUUUUCACCAAUUAAAUUAAACUAUAAUAGUGAUUCAAAGAAAUGUGAAUUUAAACAACUUUUAAAUGUUAAAGGUGGUGAAUCAAUUACUGACUCAAUGAUUUCAAAACCAAUUGAAAUUGAAUUUAAUACAUCAAGUAAAUCUGAUAAUUUAAUUGAAAAAGCUUUUGCAUAUUAUUAUCCACCAACUUUUAAGAAAGAUUCUUCAACAACAACAACACCACCACCACCAUUAUUAGUUAAAUCACAUGGUGGACCAACAGAUAGAGCAUAUUCUGUAUUAAAUUAUGAAUAUCAAUAUUGGACUAGUAGAGGAUUUGCAAUUUUAGAUGUUAAUUAUAGAGGUUCGAGUGGAUUUGGUAAGAGAUAUAGAAAAUUGUUAAAUGGAAAUUGGGGUCUUUAUGAUAAUGCUGAUUUAGUAAAUGCAGCAUUACAUAUGGUUAAAAUGGGAUUAGCUGAUAAAGAUAAAAUGUUUAUUGAUGGUGGAAGUGCUGGUGGGUUUGCAACAUUAUGUAGUUUAACAUUUUAUGAUAUUUUCAAAGGUGGUUGUUCCUAUUAUGGUGUGGCAGAUUUAGAAACACUAUUCAAAGAAACUCAUAAAUUUGAAAGUAGAUAUCAAGAUACUUUAAUCACUGAAAUGAAACUUGAUGGACCAAAUGGAGAAUGGAAAAGAAUCUAUAAAGAUAGAUCACCAAUUAAUCAUUUAGACCUAUUGAAAUCACCAAUUGCUUUAUUUCAUGGUUUAGAGGAUCAUGUAGUUCCAUACAAUCAAUCAGUAUUAAUGUAUGAUCAUUUAAAAUCAAAAGGAAUUCCCUCAAUUUUAGAAUUAUUCCCUGGCGAAGGUCACGGUUUUCUGUCAAAAGAUAACAUCAUCAAAUGUUUAGAAUAUGAAUAUAUCUUUUUUUGUAAAUUAUUAAAUCAAUUACCAAUUGGUAUAAAAUAUAAUAAUAACAAUACAAUUUUAUCUUAA